GGCCCCCUCUAACCCUAACCCACAGAUGCUGUGACUGAUGCAGGAAACGGUGAUAGAGCCGCUGUGGUUGCCGUGCUGAUCCUCAUAGGAAGCACCAUUGAUAACUCAUAUCGGAGUGAUUGAAUGAGUUCAUACAUGCGAUACUCCCGAUGGCUCAGCAGGCGACGGCGGGGCGACGCUACCUGCGAGCGUUUGUUAGCGGAUUCUUCGUCGCCGUCCCGGUAACCGUCACCGUCCUCGAUCGAUUCGCUUACGUGGCGCGAGUGGAGGGAGCAUCGAUGCAGCCAUUCCUUAACCCUGAGGGGGGGUCUGAGUGCGACGUCGUCCUGCUGAACCGCUGGAGUGUGAGAAACUACCAGGUCCAACGAGGUGACAUCGUCUCCAUUGUGUCCCCGAGGAAUCCAAAGCAGAAGAUCAUCAAACGGGUCAUUGGUCUGGAGGGAGACUUCAUCAGGACUCUGGGCUACAAGAACCGAUACAUUCGAGUUCCUGACGGUCACUUCUGGAUUGAGGGAGAUCAUCACGGACACAGUCUGGACAGCAACAGUUUUGGACCAGUGUCUGUGGGGCUGGUUCACGGUCGGGCUUCUCACAUCAUCUGGCCACCAAACCGUUGGCAGCGAAUCAAACCAUCCCUCCCUCCAAACCGAGGACCGCUGGACACUGAGGAGGAAGAGGACUGAACACACACACACAGUUUCUGUACUUGUAUUUUUGUUAAAGUAUCACACGUGCAAGAGGCCGUCUCUAUGUUUCAGGUUAUGGCUU